UUGCGCCACCGCCCCCGAGCGCCGGGCGGGCGGGGUUGCUGGCGAGGGGCGGGAUGUUUUGGUGGGCCCGGGUCCUGAUGACGGCAUCCGAGCGCGCCUCGCUGGGGCUUGGAGCUGGACUGCACAGCCGGGGGCUUACGCUCACCCCCUAGCAGGGCUGGGAGCAGCCAUCCCUCAACAUGGGGCUGGAGGCCCAGAGGCUGCCAGGGGCCGAGGAGGCCCCAGUGAGAGUGACCCUUCGAGUCCGCCCGCUGCUGCCCAAGGAGCUGCUGCACGGACACCAGAGCUGCCUGAGAGUGGAGCCAGGGCAUGGCCAAGUCACCUUGGGCCGAGACCGCCACUUCAGCUUCCACGUAGUGCUGGAUGAGGAUGCCGGGCAGGAGGCUGUGUAUCAGGCCUGCGUGCAGCCUCUUGUCGAGGCUUUCUUUGAGGGCUUCAAUGCCACCGUCUUUGCCUAUGGUCAGACAGGCUCCGGGAAGACGUACACCAUGGGGGAGGCCAGUGUGGCCUCCCUUCACGAGGAUGAGCAGGGCAUCAUUCCACGGGCCAUGGCUGAGGCAUUCAAGCUGAUUGAUGAGAAUGACCUGCUCGACUGUCUGGUGCAUGUGUCCUACCUGGAAGUGUACAAAGAGGAGUUCCGAGACCUGCUGGAGGUGGGCACUGCCAGCCGUGACAUCCAGCUUCGGGAAGAUGAUCGUGGAAAUGUUGUGCUGUGUGGGGUGAAGGAGGUUGAUGUGGAGGGCCUGGACGAGGUGCUGAGCCUCCUGGAGAUGGGCAACGCAGCGCGGCACACGGGGUCCACACACCUCAACCGCCUCUCCAGCCGCUCACACACGGUCUUCACCGUGACCUUGGAGCAGCGGGGGCGCGCCCCCAGCCGCCUGCCCCGACCUGCCGCGGGCCAGCUGCUCAUCUCCAAGUUCCACUUCGUGGACCUGGCGGGCUCAGAGAGGGUGCUCAAGACGGGCAGCACAGGCGAGCGGCUCAAGGAGAGCAUCCAGAUCAAUAGCAGCCUCUUGGCUCUCGGCAAUGUCAUCAGCGCCCUUGGUGACCCCCAGCGCCGCGGCAGUCACAUCCCCUACCGGGACUCCAAGAUCACCCGGAUCCUUAAAGACUCGCUGGGCGGGAAUGCCAAGACAGUGAUGAUCGCCUGUGUCAGCCCUUCCUCCUCUGACUUUGAUGAGACCCUCAACACCCUCAACUACGCCAGCCGCGCCCAGAACAUCCGCAACCGCGCCACCGUCAACUGGCGGCCAGAGGCGGAGCGGGCGCCGGAGGAGGCAGUGGCCGGUGCGCGGGGCCGCCGCGGCACCUCGGCGGAGGAGCAGGCCACGCAGGGGCCCAGCGGGCAAAAGGUGGCCAAGGGCCAGGAAGACGAAGGGGCACUGCAGCUGCUGGCCCUGCAAAGCCAGGUGGCCCGACUGGAAGAGGAGAACCGAGACUUUCUGGCUGCGCUGGAGGAUGCCAUGGAGCAAUACAAACUGCAGAGUGACCGUCUUCGUGAGCAGCAGGAGGAGAUGGCAGAGCUGAGGUUGCGACUAGAGCUGGUGCAGCCCGGCUUGGGGGCCCCAGGGGUCCUGCAGGGCCUGCCUCCUGGGUCCUAUGUGCCCCGGCCCCACACAGCCCCUCUGGGGGAUACCCACAACCAUGUGCUGGGCAUCGUGCCCCCUGCCUGCCUUUCUGGAGAUGAAGUUGGCUCUGAGAAUUGGAGAGAGGUGGCAAAUGGUAGGGAGGCUGGAGCCAAGUUGCCGGCAGAAGUAGACAGGCUGGGAAGUGGCUCUUCAGCUGCAUCAGAGGAAGAGCAGGAGGAGGAAGAAGGGGAGGAGGAGCCGCCUCGACGGACUCUGCACCUGCGCAGGAACGGGAUCAGUAAGUGGAGCCAGAGGAUGGGGGCCCGCCCAGGCAGUCUACUCGACAGGAAGGGCCCAGAGCUUUGCCUGGAGGAGCUGGGUGCAGCCAUCCUGGGGCCCAGAGUGGUUGGUGAGAGCAAGGCCCCAGCUCGGCCCCGCCAGGCCCCUGCUGCCUCUGAAUGGCGGCUGGCCCAGGCCCAGCAGAAGAUCCGUGAACUGGCCAUCAACAUCCGCAUGAAGGAGGAGCUCAUCGGCGAGCUGGUCCGCACAGGGAAGGCGGCCCAGGCCCUGAACCGCCAGCACAGCCAGCGCAUCCAGGAGCUGGAGCAGGAGGCAGAGCGGGUGCGGGCUGAGCUGAGUGAGGGCCAGAGGCAGCUGCGGGAGCUUGAGGGCAAGGAGCCCCAGGAUGCUGGCGAGCGUUCCCAGCUCCAGGAGUUCCGCAAGAGGGUUGCUGCCGCACAGAGCCAAGUCCAGGUGCUGAAGGAGAAGAAGCAGGCAACAGAGCGGCUGGUGUCGCUGUCGGCCCAGAGCGAGAAGCGGCUGCAGGAGCUCGAGAGGAACGUGCAGCUCAUGCGGCAGCAGCAGGGGCAGCUGCAGAGGCGGCUCCGUGAGGAGACAGAGCAGAAGCGGCGCCUGGAGAUGGAGAUGAACAAGCGGCAGCACCGUGUCAAGGAGCUGGAGCUGAAGCACGAGCAGCAGCAAAAGAUCCUGAAAAUCAAGACAGAAGAGAUUGCAGCGUUUCAGAGGAAGCGGCGCAGCGGCAGCAACGGCUCCGUGGUCAGCCUGGAGCAGCAGCAGAAGAUUGAAGAGCAGAAGAAGUGGCUGGACCAGGAGAUGGAGAAGGUCUUGCAGCAGCGACGGGCGCUGGAGGAGCUCGGGGAGGAGCUUCACAAGCGGGAGGCCAUCCUGGCCAAGAAGGAGGCCCUGAUGCAGGAGAAGACGGGGCUGGAGAGCAAGCGCCUGCGGUCCAGCCAGGCCCUCAAUGAGGACAUUGUACGAGUGUCCAGCCGGCUGGAGCAUCUGGAGAAGGAGCUCUCCGAGAAGAGCGGGCAGCUGCGGCAGGGCAGCGCCCAGAGCCAGCAGCAGAUCCGUGGGGAGAUCGACGCUCUACGCCAGGAGAAGGACUCGCUGCUGAAGCAGCGGCUGGAGAUCGACGGCAAACUGAGGCAGGGCAGCCUGCUGUCGCCUGAGGAGGAGAGGACACUGUUCCAGCUGGACGAGGCCAUCGAGGCCCUGGAUGCUGCCAUCGAGUACAAGAAUGAGGCCAUCACGUGCCGCCAGCGGGUGCUGCGGGCCUCGGCCUCCUUGCUGUCCCAGUGCGAGAUGAACCUCAUGGCCAAGCUCAGCUAUCUCUCGUCCUCGGAGACCAGAGCCCUUCUCUGCAAGUACUUCGACAAGGUGGUGACACUCCGAGAGGAGCAGCACCAGCAGCAGAUUGCCUUCUCGGAGCUGGAGAUGCAGCUGGAGGAGCAGCAGAGGCUGGUCUACUGGCUGGAGGUGGCCUUGGAGCGGCAGCGCCUGGAGAUGGACCGCCAGCUGACCCUGCAGCAGAAGGAGCACGAGCAGAACAUCCAGCUCCUCCUCCAGCAGAGUCGAGACCACCUUGGUGAAGGGUUAGCAGACAGCAAGAGGCAAUAUGAGGCCAGGAUUCAAGUUCUGGAGAAGGAGCUGGGUCGCCACAUGUGGAUAAACCAGGAACUGAAACAGAAGCUGAGUGGCAUGAAUGCUGCAGGCCAGAGCAGGGGUGGGGAGAAGAGGACCCUGUGCCUGGAGAACAGACCAGCCCCUGUAAGUGAAGACGAGCCCCACCCAGCACCUGAGCCACUUUGGCAGCCCCCCUUCAUGGAGGGCACCCCCCGCACCCGGGAGGAGAUGCGGGACUUGGUCCACGCCCCGUUGCCGUUGACAUGGAAACGCUCGAGCCUGUGCAGCGAGGAGCAGGGCUCUGCGGAGGAGCUGCGGCAGCGGGAGGCCACUGAGCCCCUGGUGGGGCGAGUGCUACCUGUGGGUGAGGUGGGUCUCUCCUGGAACCUCGGAUCCUUGCCCAAGCCCCGGCGGGACCUGCGAAGGACCAGCCCAGGGAUGAUUGACGUCAGGAAAAACCCCCUCUAGGCUCUUGGGGCAGAGCUGGCCUCGGAGAGAGCUUGGAGCCUGCUGACAGCUGCGCCACCUGCGCUUGCUUCCGUGAAGGUGUCCUUACCUCAAACUCUAAAUCAGGUCCUGAUCUAAUUGGAGUUAACAAAUUUGGGCCACAGCUCAGAACUGGACUCAAAUCACUUCUUAAAAAAGAUGCAGGUUCCUACCACUCACUUCCAUUAAGCUGCGGUACCCGACUGCCACCUUUUGGCUUGAGUUUCAGGACGGUUCCAGUCUUAAGCCUACGUGUAUGCAUUAAUUCUGCGGUUCAGCCAGGGCCUGUCACAGAACAGUCAGUGGCAACAGGGUUGUGGUUUAAAUGGUCUUAUGUAUAUGGGGGGAGCUGGGAAGCUUAGCAGUUUUAGGAUUUUGUAAAACCAUUUGGUAAUAAAUGACAGUAAUCUCUGGAGGGAGAAA